AAAUAAAUUAUUGUUUUCGUGUCGCCGUAACUUCAUUAUAUAAAGAAUAAACCCCUGGAAAAGUAUGUUCAGAUUGAUUAAUCCUUCACUGUACCGUUGCAACGGCCGCAACUUAUUACAGUUGGCGGCAAGAUUUUCGAGUGGUCCAGGCAAAGUGACUAGUGGCUCUUCUUGUGGUCCAAGUCCGGGUCCAUCCAAGAAGCCGAAUCCUGGUUUAGAAAAAAUUAAACAAAUGCAAAAACUUUUCCAAAAGGACGAUGGUAAACCGAUACAUCUGAAGGGUGGCAGCCGAGACCUAAUGCUAUAUCGUGUCACAUGGGGACUGGCGUUACUUGGAUUGCUGUUGCAAAUUCAUAUGUUCGCAAUAUAUAUAAUUUAUUGACAUUUGUAAUUUUUUU